AUGGACGGAAGUGCGUUUCGAGGAUCUAAUGAAAUUAUUUCUAGUGUGGGAACAUCAAACCGAAGUGGAAAGUUUUUAAAUUUAGUUAAUCUAGUGUCACAUUAUCAUGAACCAUUAUCAAAACAUAUUGAAAGACAUAAAAAAGGUGGUCUUUCUUAUUUUUCUCAUGGUAUUCAAGAUGAGUUUCUAGAGAUAAUGGCAAAAAGAGUUAAAGAUGAAAUUCUUUCAAAAAUAAUAGAGGCGAAAUAUUAUUCUAUACUAUUCGAUUGUACACCAGACAUUGCACACCAAGAACAAAUGACCCAAGUUAUUCGCUAUGUUAUACAAAACAACCAGAAUGAAUGCGAAAUCAUAGAAAGUUUUUUAAAGUUUGUGCGUGUGUACAACAAAACUGGUGAAUCAUUAACAGAAGAUAUAUUAGAUUGUUUGACAAAAGAUAAUCUUAGAAUAUCUGAUUGUAGAGGACAAUCAUUUGAUAUCGGGUCAAAUAUGAGUGGAAAAAUUAAAGGAGUCCAAGCACGAAUUAUUGAAAUGAAUAAUCUUGCAAGAUUCAUCCCAUGCUCAGCUCACUCCUUAAAUUUAAUUGGUGUUAAUUGUGCAAAAAGUAUACCUAAAGUAGAAACAUUUUUCGGCAUCAUACAGAAAUUAUUUAAUUUCUUUUCAAGUUCAACGCAAAGAUGGGAUAUUCUAAUGAAUAAUUUAAAGUUGUCAUUGAAAGGGUAUAGUAUAACAAGGUGGUCAGCUAAACAUCGUGCAAUAAAAUCAUUAAAUACUCAACUGGAUAUGGUUUUUAAAAGCUUUGACGUUCUAAAACAAGAAAAAUUAUCAGAAGAAACAAAAUUUGAUGCAGAUAAUUUGAUAAGAUCACUUAAAAGUUUUUCUUUCAUUUGUAUGCUUACCGUUUGGGAAAAAAUUCUCAGUGCAAUUGACAGAAUUAAUAUAAUUUUACAAAAACCAAAAUUAACAAUUGAUGUAGUUGUCAAACAUCUGCAAAGUCUCCUUAAAAUAUUAGAAAACUUUCGAGAGCAAGGUAUAAAUGAGGCUUUAUUUAAUUCAAAGAAUAAAGCUGAAGUAUUAGGCAUAGAAACGGAAUUUCCAAAAGUCAGAUUACGAAAAAAGAAACUUUUACCCGGAGAAAUUGCAGAAGAUGAGUUUUGUAACAUAAGUGAAGAAAAUAAAUUUUUAAUAAUGAUUAAAAAUGUUAUUGACAAUAUCUUAACAGGACUACGUCAAAGAUUUAAAUCAAUGGAAAAUAUUGCUCAAGAUUUUUCAUUUUUAGAUCCAACAAUAAUUUAUUCUUGGCCUAUGGAAAACUUGAAAAGAGCAGGAGUCGAUUUAUGCAAUAAAUAUGAAAACGACCUCAACAAAAUUGAAUUCAUUUCAGAACUAGAGAGCUUUAAAGACCAUGUUUACAACAUAGAUGGCGAUUUAAAAAGAGCAACAUUUUUUGAAAUGUUGAAUUUUAUUUAUAAAAAUAAACUUCAAAGUGCAUAUCCAAAUAUAUCCGUUGCUUACCAAAUAUAUCUUACAAUGCCAGUUACUUCAGCUUCGUGUGAACGAACCUUUAGUAAAUUUAAAUUAAUAAAAAUAUAUUUAAGAUCUACUACGGAGCAAGCUAGACUUAAUCACUUAUCUAUUUUAUCCAUAGAAAAUAAAAUUGCAAGACAAAUCAAUUAUGAAGACGUAAUUAAUGAUUUCGCUGCAAAAAAAGCUAGAAAAGUUAAUUUUUGA